GAACACAGCAACGUACACACCAAUCCAAGGUAAAAAUGGACUUCUUUAGAGAACUUAGAGAGCUGCGAGACUUGCCGAAAAGAAUAACGACAGAGAAAAGCGCCAGUUCAAGCGUCGGAGACGACGAUGGCAACCACCACGCUUCACCAUCCAACAGUUCAUCUUCCGAAGAGACACCCAGCCACGGGGAAGGCAUAGGGGAUGUUGUUGGCAAUGUGCCAAAUCUGCCCGUGGUUGGAGAAUGGGAGAGUAGGAUAAUUGCAGGUUGGUUGAGCAACUUUCGCAAGGCACCCAAGGACCUACCUGCUGGAUUUAGGUUCAAGGCGGCACUUCAUCAUGAAGUGGCAGACAGUGUACCCUCAAUAAGUGGAUACAAGAAACUGGAGGAGAUGGUGAGAUUACGAGCUGGCUCUGACGCAGUUGACGCCCAACAGCAUAAGAUUCAUCAUAAGUUUUAUGCUAUUGUGUGCGAGGUUGGAGAUACCGGCCAAGGCGAUAGUGUUCGGGUCGCUAUUCCAAUGUCGGUUGGGUCCCAACUCCAGAGGUGCAAAGUGGUAUUACCUCUUUGGGAGGGAGAAGAGCCAGCUCUUCAAAAACAGAGAAUAAACAAUGACCUCGCUACUCGGCUCUCUGAAUGGUGCAUGCCAAACGCACAUUUGAAUUACCCUCAACUGCUGCCUCGAGACACGGACCUAAAGAAUCAGCUGUUAGAGUAUGCGAGGGGGGAGAAUUUAAUAGACUUAGAAGCCCUGAUUACCUCGGAGCAGCUCGCCGUGUUUAGGUUUGUUGACGUGGCAAACCAAUUCACUGAAGAGGAAAUGAGCAGUAUACUGGAAAAGCAGCGUCAACGAGCCCAGGGCUCCCAAGAUCACGCGGCGGGCAACGCUUCACAUAGACAGACACGGUUUGACGAGCGGCCGCCACCAAUGCCACAAUCUCACAGCUCGUCACACCGUGGAUCCAACUUGGCGUCCAGGCCUCGCAGCGAGCAGAGAGUUGAAGCUGUGGCCCUAAGUGCACGCAAGCGUGCACCCGCGCGCUCGCCAAACGUGCCAUCUGCUAUGGCACAGGCAGCAGCUGAGCUCGCACCUGCGUCAACCUCGAUGUCGGCGCCCUGGAUUGCCUAUCCGGAGGGCUUCAGCUAUGUGAAGACCGACUGCCAGCCCGCCAUGGUGCAGGGCAUGCAAAGUUUUGUGCCUCUCGUAGAUCGUCAACGGGCUAGGACCUAUGUACAACAGCAUAGCGAGCAAGUUGCCAUGAUUAAACUAAUGGACGCGUUCAGCUAUGCGGUCGCGCUGUUCGAGAGCGAGCAGGGAGCUCACACGGCAGAGGAGCUGGCAAGCAGGAAUAAUGAGCUCAGGGAGGAGUUGGAGAAGGCCAACGUUGAGAAAGAAAUGGGCUUGGCCGCGUUCCAAGACGCUGUGGCGGUGGCGUCUACAAACAUGACCAUGGAAAUCUACAACGAGAUCCGUGGGAAGGUGUUGCAGCAUCGUCCGGACUUCCCUAUACGCGAGCCGGUGUUCUUUGACUGGGAGGACCUUGACGAGCAGGUCCUAGAAGAAGGGGAGGAUCUAGAGGGCCUGCCCUCCUUUGAUGCAUGGGUGGAAGGGGCUCCGGUGGCUGAAUCAGAGCCAUCGAACACCCCCCCCAACUCUCAGCCAGCCGUGGUGCCAACAGGGUCUCCCGUGACUGCACCAGCUUGCAAGCCUACAGCCCGGCCAUCUCCAGCUCACGCAUCAGGCCCUCCUGCUGACGCAUCCAUGCUCGUCGACCUGACAGACGAUUAGUGUAGGGUUAUACUUUUUGUUGUUCUGUUGUAUUUUUUGUUUCUUUCCUUGAAAAACUAUAUGAUGAUCUCUUGUAUUGAAACUUGUAAUUUUUUAGCAGAAAUAGAAAAUUGGAGAUUUU